AUGGAUAGCAUACCCAGUGAAGAAGACCACCACAGGAAGGAGCAGAUUAUGGACAAGCAGCGGAUGAAGCGGGCGAAUUUGUGCUCCGUGAUUAAGCGAGAACAAUUUUUGUGGGUCGUCCAGAUCGGAGGUGACGAGUUGGUCGAGCAGCUAAUCGAGAAAAUCAAAGAAAGAUUUAACUUUCCGGAGCACAUGCCGCUCAAAGUUUACCUGGCAAAGGACGAGGGUGGCAAUUGGCUCAGCGAAGACCAUCCCGACUACCAACGCAUGAUCGAGACCGGGGAGAUGUCGGGGGAGAUCAAGAGGAUUGUCCGCGAGGGCGAGAUGCAGUGGUACCAGAAGAUGAACGACGAGGAGUAUGGCUUUCCGCUCGAACAUGAGCUUGUGCCUGGUGUAGUUCACGUGCUGCUUGACAUUCCAGCCGAGGUGCGCUCUCGAUGGGCUGGCUACUCUGAUGGUGCGUCAUAUACAGUAUCUGGAAUGGCUGGAGGAGAUGAAGGCUCGUCGUUCAAACCCAUGGUGGAUUUUCACGAGCUGCUUUUCGACGCUAAGACGGGAUGCACCGCUACCUGCUACUUCGCCGUCUGCGAAGAAAAGUACCAAUUAGCGUGA